AUGGUUAAAAGAGUUUAUUUCCUUGCUCAUGGGGGGAUGGUGCAAGGAGUUGGAUUUCGAUACUUCACCCGCGGCCGCGCAGCCGAACACAAGCUCACCGGCUGGGUCCGAAACACAGACAACAACAAGGUCGAGGGCGAGGCUCAGGGGGCGGAGGACGCCCUCUCCAAGUUCCUCAAAGAGGUGGACAAGGGGCCGAGAGGCUCCCAGGUUGUCAAACUCGACAAGGAGGAUCGGGAUGUGGUGGAGGGAGAGGAGGGUUUUGAGAUUCGUCGCUGA